AUGGACCGUAUCGUAAAACUCAAACCAUCAGAGAGUGGAGCCAUACGAGAAGCACACGUCAAGCUACCAAACGGACGAAUCAUCAGAAGACCUGUUAAUUUACUUAUACCCUUAGAACUGGGAAACACCCAACCAAAUGAGUCUCCGAGUGUCGACGACGGGACAAAUACGGCUCCGGGUCACGACAUCAACAACGAAGUUAAGCUAGACGAAAAAUCGAGAGAACGUUAUAACUUACGACCACGACCACAUACUCGCACCGUUCACUCAGUUCAAUCAUCAGAGUCUAAUGAUGAACAUUUCCCUAAUCAUGACAAUAACAAACAUGGAACGGGCUCUGCUAUUUACGAGCUCAACAAUUUCUAA